AUGAAGGUUUCCAAUGACCGGUCACAAAACCAUACACUGUUGUUUACAAUGAAGGGCCAGGGAGUGGAUCUUGAACCUGAGAGAGGCUUGUUCUCAAUUAAUAGUGAAAGUGGACAAGUAUACAUCAAUCACAAAGUUGAUCGUGAAAAAACAAAGGAAUUCACGUUUCAAGUCGAUGCUCUGGAGAAAGACACUCUGCAAUACCUAGAUGAACACAUGCUAUAUAAAAUUUUAGUGAUUGAUAUUAAUGACAAUCCUCCUGAAUUCACAGAAUUAAAACCUGUUAAUGUUUUGGAAAAUAUAGCUCCAGGAGAAGAAAUCUUGAAAGUUGAAGCAAAAGAUCCUGAUGAUGAAAAGCUUGGGAAUGGACAGGUUUCGUAUUCAAUUGUUUCUCAAAGUCCUGCAAUCCCAUCAAAUGUAUUUAAUAUUAAUUCAAAAACUGGAUCCAUCUUUCUUGAAAAAUGUCUGGACUACGAGGUAUAUAUUAUGUAUGAAUCAAAGAACAUUAUGUAG